AUGCAGGAAACCUUCAGGAAUUUGGCUUCUAUAGGAAACAAAUGGGAAGACCAGAACAUUGACAAUCACUACAGAAAUUCUGGGAGAAAUCUAAGUCAUACGAUAGAGAAACUGUGUGAAAGUAAAGAAGGUAGUCAGUGGGGAGAAAUCUUCAGCCAGAUUCCAAAUUUUAAUCUGAGCACAAACAUUUCUACCAGAGUAAAACGAUGUGAAUGCAGUGUAUGUGGAAAAGCCUUCAUGUGUCAUUCAUCCCUUCAUAGGCACAUCACAUGUCACUCUGGACACAAACCAUGUGAGUGUGAGGAAUGUGGCAAGAAACCAUGUAAAUGUGAACAAUGUCAGAAAGCUUUCAUCUCUGUCACAAGUGUUGGAAAAUGCAUGGUAGUGCACACUGGAAAUGGACCUUAUAAAUGUACAGUAUGUGGGAAAGCUUUUGAUUUUCUCAGUUCAUUUCAAAUACAUCAGAGAACUCACUCUGGAGAAAAACCCUAUAAAUGUAAACAACGUUAUAAAGCCUUCACGUUCGCUUGUCUCAGUUCUUUUAAAAGACAUGAAAGGAUUCACUCUGGAGAAAAACCCUAUGAAUGUAAGAAAUGUGGUAAAGCCUUCAAUUGCUCCAGUUCCCUUCAUAGCCAUAAAAGAACACAUACUGGUGAGAAACCCUAUGAAUGUAAGGAAUGUGGUAAAGCCUUUAGGCAUUGCAGUAACCUUUAUGACCAUGAAAGAACUCAUACUGGAGAGAAACCUUAUGAAUGUAAAGAAUGUGGGAAAGCAUUCCGUCUUUCCUGUUCCCUUCGAAAACAUGAAAGAACUCAUACUGGAGAGAAGCCUUAUGAAUGUAGGGAAUGUGGGAAAGCAUUUACUCUUUCCUGUUCCCUUCGAAAACAUGAAAGAACUCAUACUGGAGAAAAACCCUAUAAAUGUAAGAAGUGUGGUAAAACCUUUGGAUAUUCCAGUUGCCUUCGUUACCAUGAAAGAACUCAUGCUAAAGGGAAACCCUAUGAAUGUAAGAAAUGUGGUCAAGGCUUCAGUUGUCCCAGUUCUCUUCAAAAUCAUGAAAUGACUCACACUGGAUAA